AUGGUUAAUUUGAAAUCUAUGUUCUCUUUUGGUGAUUUGGAGGCUGCGGUUAAGAACAACAAGCUUAAUCUGAGACUUCUCUAUACUAAGCUACUGAAUAAAGAGAGGCUUCACUUUGCUAAUGUAGUCUGGUGUAAGCUGGCUUUGCCCAAACACAUAUUUAUGUUAUGGCAAGCUAUUCUUGGUCACUUACUCACUCGAGACAAUCUUGUUCAUUGCCAUAUCAAGCUUGAUUCUUUAUUGUGUCCGGUCUGUGAGCUGGAGCAAGAAACUCAUGAUCAUCUAUUUUUUGAAUGUAUCUUUUCUCAUCAAGUUGGAUUAAAAGUGGCUUCUUGGCUGGGAGAUGACAUUUGGCCGACCAAGUUUGAGGACUGGUCCAAUUGGAUGGUAGGGAGACCGAAAGGUCUCAAGAAAAAUCUUGCAGCAGCAGCUCUUGCGGCUACAGUCUAUAUACUAAAAGAUCAGAAUUUGCAGGGUCUUGAAGCUCUACUUCUAUUCCUCCUCUACGAUGCUUUGGAUCUAAAUUCUGAGCAUACUUAUCACCCUUAUGAAUCUCGAGAUGGUUCUUAUUGA